CGUGACUGGCUGGUCGGUGCCUUGCAGAGACGAUCACCAUCUAAUCUAAUCUGCAUGCUGCCAAGAUUAUGACGAAGAGCACGUGCAUCAUCGACUUCUCUUUGGAACUUGCCUUGAUGCAACCAACAUCGUCUGUGAGAAGUGAUACUUGCACUUCUGUCAACUCGUCCACUCCACUCGCUACUCUCGUCGCAUCACCUUGACUCGCUAUUUCCUAGUCUGCUAGGCUGCAGGAGCACUUCGGUCACCAUGGCUCCAAGCUCAACGGCAAAAAGAGGUCCCAGUAUACUGGCACGGCAGGACUCCGUCGUCAGACCAGGUCCACAAAGAAGACAGACAUCCCGCAUCAUCACCGUUGACAAUGUCCUUCAAUAUUCAUCCGACAUGCCCUCCAUGCAGCAACGACAGCCAGCGCGUCCAAGAGCCUUUCGAACCGGCUCAGGCAAACCCGUCGAUCCUAGACUUACUGGUCGCUAUGUCGGCCCACAUAUACCCUCCCGCUCGACAAAGACGUCCGAGAAGCUAGUUCUAUUACCCGAGGCUGUAGAAGAGGAAGAUGAGAAAGGCGACUUUGGCCUUGAUUCCGACAAAGGUCCUCCAAGAGAUGACGAGGACUUUCGAAGACCUGGAAAAGAGGGAGUGAAGAGCUAUGCAGAAAGACUACCUAAAGCCAGACGGACGGAGAAGGAACUGCCCAGAGUGACGGCAUACUGUACCGCACAAUCAUACAAACUACAGUCGACAGCAACGUUCGUCCGGCAACGUCAUGGCGCACGAACCAAGCUUUACGAUGAUUCCUUAUACUGUGCUUAUCAUCUACCUUUCUUACCUGGUAAUGAAGGUUAUCGAUUACGAAGCAGCCCAGCUGUCCAGAGUACGAAGGGCGGAACUCUGCUGGAUGAGGCCAUCGAGCGGAGUGAACAAAGAGACUACCGCGAAACAUACUACGCCGAGGAGGAAGAAGAACACUCAGUCAGAGGUAGUUAUCCACCGGAGGAUGGGUUCGACUCCAAUCGCAACGACGCAGACGAUAGACCCCCUCGACUGAACGGACAAAGGAGAGACAGCAACCAAUCACAACGUUCCGUAAGCCCUGGACCAGCCGGCGUUCCCGUUGAUGCGUACCGUUUCGCGGAGAUGUUUGUCUUCAGCUACGGGGUUGUUGUGUUCUGGAAUUUUACCGAAAGACAAGAGAAAGACGUGCUCGCCGAUUUCGCUUUUGCGACAAUAUCUGAUCCGGUGACCAACAACGUCACCCCGCUUUCACUGACGGCAGUGCCGUUGGACGAAGAAGAUUUCGAGACUGAAGAGUUCCAUUUCGAGUACAACAACGAAAUAUCCCGGCCCCGACUGUACAACGACAUGAUUACCUUACGCAGCGGCGAUCACAUGAUUAAGCUGGCAAUUAGCCACGCCAUAGCGCAAAGCACGAAACUGGGCUUUUUUGAAGAAACGAUGGCUUCGCAGAUGGAAGAAGCAAAGGAUGUGCCUGGUCGACUAGCCAAAACCGGCGAACUAGGACUCAAACGAGAGGAGGUCAUCAAGCUGCUAGGUGGCCUCUUCAAAAGCCGGGUCGAAGUCAACCUAUCAUCGAACGUCCUCGAUGUACCCAACUUGAUCUGGGACAGCGAACCAACGCUACAUCCUCUCUACAACGCGGUCCGCGAAUAUCUCGAAAUCAAGCCUCGAAUCCAGAUGCUGAACGAGAGAUGUCGUGUCUUUCUGGACUUGGCCGAAGUCUUAUCAGACUACAUAUCAGACGACAAGAUGUCGCGCAUCACCUGGAUCAUCAUUGUCUUGAUCUGCAUCUCUAUCCUGGUCACCUGUUCGGAGGUGUUCCUACGCUUCGGAAUGCUGAGCACGCAUGGUCCGAAGGCGGGCAGCAAGGCGCUUCAGGGGUUGUCUUUGAGCACUGAACUUUGAUUUGCGGUUGUUCCUACUGUUGGUCUGCUUACCUUGUAACGAGCAUAUAUUUAAUGAACUGACUAGCUUGGCGUUGGGGAAGUCAGACACGGCCCAGCAAGAUGCAACCUUGAACUUAUUUUCUUAUGGCAUCUGAAUUUCGGAUGGGCAUUCGCAUGCCUUUAAUGACCUCCUCCUGCAGCACCUGUGGUGGAAUUGCCACUCGAGGGCUUUUAAAAUCAUUGCUCCUGCAGAUCACCGUGGGAGAAUACAUAAUAUCUGUACGCUCGGCGUGAUGUGUGUUGUUUCCGAGCACAAAUACGCUUUCAUUUCCGAUAUCUUCGACCCUUCUAUUUUCGGUUCUUGACCCA